GUCAAAGUAACUCCUAGUUAGGUUUUGGUGCACCUAUACCCGUUUAGUCUUGGACUUUGUUUGACAAAAUUUUACCACACAUACAUAUAUAAAUAUGGAUGUCUCCGCAGACAUCUUAUUCUUACAUUAAAUUCGAUCUUGAGAUUUGGAAAAGAAAAGAAAAGAUGAUUUCGCAGAAGAAGAUAGUUUCAUCGUUGAUAUGUUUCCUUCUGUUGCUUCUUCUUCCGAUAGCUUUUUCUGAGACGACGAGGAACUUAAGGGGAAUAAGUGCAAGAGCUCCAACAGUGCAGCAGAUAAAAAACAAACAUGGCGCUAAAGAGGUGAUAGUGGACAAUGGAAUUUUCAGAGUGACUUUCUCGAGUCCUCAAGGAUUUAUAACUGGGAUCAAAUACAACGAAAUCGACAAUGUUCUUAAUCCACAUCUCCGAGCUCGAGGGUACUGGGACAUAACAUGGCAAAGAGAAAACAUUUUCCCAAAAUUGGAUAGAAUCGAAGGAACCAACUUCAGAAUCAUAACUCAAAACGAAGAACAAGUGGAGAUUUCUUUCUCUCGAAAAUGGAAUGGUGGUACCGAUCAUGUUCCAUUAAACGUAGACAAGAGAUAUAUUAUCCGUACCAAUACUUCAGGAAUCUACACGUAUGGAAUUUUUGAGAGACAGCCCGAAUGGCCAGAAGUGGAGAUGGGUCUAAUUCGAGUCGCAUUCAAACUCAACCCUGAUAGAUUCCAUUACAUGGUGGUGGCAGAUAAUCGGCAAAGACAAAUGCCAACAGACGAUGACCGUGACAUCGACAGUGGCCGUGCCAAGCCCCUUGCUUACAAAGAGGCUGUACAAUUGACUCAUCCUCACAACAAAAUGUUCAAAAACCAGGUGGAUGAUAAGUACCAGUACACAUGUGAGGUCAAGGACAACAAGGUGCAUGGUUGGAUCUCGACCAAGUCCAAUGUUGGUUUCUGGCUCAUCUCACCGAGCAGCGAAUACCGCUCUGGUGGACCGGUCAAACAGGAACUCACGUCUCACGUCGGUCCCACGACCCUCACGACCUUUAUAAGCGAGCAUUAUGUUGGUUCGGACAUGGAGACAAGGUACAAAGCUGGUGAAGCGUGGAAAAAGGUCUUGGGACCUGUUUUCAUUUACUUGAACUCUGAUCCUACCGGCAAUAAUCCACAAUAUUCAUUAUGGGAAGAUGCUAAACGACAGGCUGAACAAGAAGUUGAAGCAUGGCCGUACGAUUUUGUAGCGUCUUCUGACUUCCCUACUCGUCAAGAAAGAGGAACCAUUACCGGUCGUCUCUUUGUCAACGACAGAUUCUUGACUCCGGCAGGAUCUGCAUACGUCGGUUUAGCACCACCUGGAGAAGCUGGUUCAUGGCAGACAAAUACCAAGGGAUACCAAUUCUGGACGCAAACGAACGAAACCGGCUAUUUCACGAUUGAUAACAUUAGACCGGGAACGUAUAAUCUAUACGGAUGGGUUCCCGGUUUUAUAGGAGACUUUACAUACCCAAACCUACUUAACGUAGCUGCAGGUUCAGAGAUAAAUCUUGAUAGAGUUGUGUUCAAGCCUCCUAGGAAUGGUCCAACAUUGUGGGAGAUUGGUUUACCGGACCGAACCGCAAGAGAAUACUUUGUACCGGAACCAUACAAGAAUACAAUGAAUCCCUUAUACGUGAACCACACCGACAAGUUUAGGCAGUACGGGUUAUGGCAACGUUACACAGAGUUAUAUCCAAAUCAUGAUCUUGUCUACACAAUUGGAGUUAGCAACUAUAGUCAAGACUGGUUCUACGCUCAUGUCACAAGGAACAUUGGUUCGACCUAUGUACCAACGACAUGGCAGAUCGUGUUUGAACUUCCAUAUGUGAACUGGCGAGGUAGCUACACAUUGCAACUAGCUUUGGCCUCGGCUGCACGGGCUAACUUACAAGUACGGUUCAACAAUGAAAACUCUAGGCCAUUCUUCUCGACGGGUGACAUCGGAAGAGAUAAUGCUAUUGCAAGACAUGGAAUCCAUGGAGCCUAUCAUCUUUAUAGCAUCGAUGUACCUGGAAGCUUACUAAGAACCGGGACAAACACAAUCUAUCUACGUCAGUCUAAAGCGUUGGGACCGUUUGAAGGUCUUAUGUAUGAUUAUAUUCGUCUUGAAGGCCCUUCUACAGCUUAGUUUCAACACUAGUUAAUAUUUGUUUGUUUUUAAAUUUUUUUUUACACAAUUGUUGGGAGAUUAUAGUU